AUGAACCAGGCAAGCUGUUGGACCAGGCAAGCUGCUGGAACAGGCACGCUCGUGGACCAGGCACGCUCCUGGACCACGCAAGUUCGCAAGCUCCUCCGUCCUUCCAUCAGCCCGCCCCAUUCUCCCUCCUUCCAUCACCCCGCCCCAUUCUCCUGCUUUCCAUCACCCCGCCCCAUUCUCUUGCUUUCCAUCGCCGCGCCCCAUUCUCCCGCUUUCCAUCAUGCCGCCCCAUUCUCCCUCCUUCCAUCAUCCCGCCCCAUUCUCCUGCUUUCCACCACCAGGCUUUAUUCUCCCGAUUUCCAUCACCCUGUCCCAUUCUCCCUCCUUCCAUCACCCCGCCCCGUUCUCCCGCUUUCCAUCGCCCCGCCCCAUUCUCCCGCUUUCCGUCACCCUGCCCCAUUCUUCCGCUUUCCAUCACCCCGCUCCAUUCUCCCUCGUUCCAUCAUCCCGCCCCAUUCUCCCGCUUUUCAUCACCCCACCCCAUUCUCCCGCUUUCCAUCACCUCGCCCCAUUCUCCCGCUUUCCAACCCUGCCCCAUUCUCCCUCCUUCCAUCACCCCGCCCCAUUCUCCCUCCUUCCAUCACCCUGCCCCAUUCUCCCUCCUUCGAUCACCCUGCCCCAUUCUCCCUCCUUCCAUCACCCCUCCCCAUUCUCCCGCUUUCCAUGACCCCGCCCCAUUCUCCCGCUUUCCAUCACCCCGUCCGAUUCUCCCGCUUUCCAUUACCCUGCCCCAUUCUCCCGCUUUCCAUCACCCCGCCCCAUUCUCCGCUUUCCAUCACCCCCCCCCCAUUCUCCCUCCUUCCAUCACCCCGCCCUAUUCUCCCGCUUUCCAUCAUCCCGCCCCAUUCUCCCACUUUCCAUCACCCCGUCCCAUUCUCCCGCUUUCCAUCACCCCGCCCCAUUCUCCCACUUUCCAUCACCCCGCCACAUUCUCCCACUUUCCAUCACCCCGCCCCAUUCUCCCUCCUUCCAUCUCCCCGCCCCAUUCUAACUCUUUCCAUCUCCCCGCCCCAUUCUCCCUCCUUCCAUCACCCCUCCCCAUUCUACCGCUUUUCAUCACCCCGCCCCAUUCUCUCGCAUUCCAUCAGCCCGCCCCAUUCUCCCGCUUUCCAUCACCCCGCCCCAUUCUCCCUCCUUCGAUCACCCUGCCCCAUUCUCCCUCCUUCCAUCACCCCGCCCCAUUCUCUCACUAUCCGUCACCCCUCCCCAUUCUCCUGCUUUCCAUCACCCCGCCCCGUUCUCCCGCUUUCCAUCACCCCGUCCCCUUCUCCCGCUUUCCAUCACCCUGCCCCAUUCUCCCGUUUUCCAUCACCCCGCCCCAUUCUCCGCUUUCCAUCACCCCGCCCCAUUCUCCCUCCUUCCAUCACCCCGCCCUAUUCUCCCGCUUUCCAUCAUCCCGCCCCAUUCUCCCGCUUUCCAUCACCCCGCCCCAUUCUCCCGCUUUCCAUCACCCGGCCCCAUUCUCCCACUUUCCAUCACCCCGCCCCAUCCUCCCGCAUUCUAUCACCCCGCCCCAUUCUCCCGCUUUCCAUUACACCGCCCCAUUCUUCCGCUUUCCAUCGACCCCGCCCAAUUCUCCCGCUUUCCAUCACCCCGCCCCAUUCUCCCGCUUUCCACCACCCCGCCCCAUUCUCCCGCUUUCCGUCACCCCGCCCCAUUGUCCCGCUUUCCAUCACUCCGCCCCAUUCUCCCUCCUUCCAUCACCUUGCCCCAUUCUACCGCUUUCCAUCACCCUGCCCCAUUCUCCCUCCUUCCAUCACCCCGCCCCAUUCUCCCUCCUUCCAUCACCCUGCCCCAUUCUCCCGCUUUCCAUCACCCUGCCCCAUUCUCUCUCCUUCUAUCACCCCGCCCCAUUCUCCCCCCUUCCAUCACUGCUCCCCAUUCUCCCGCUUUCCAUCACCCCGCCCCAUUCUCCCGCUUUCCAUCACCCCGCCCCAUUCUUCCGCUUUCCAUCACCUUGCCCCAUUCUCUCGCUUUCCAUCACUUUGCCUCAUUCUCCCCCCUUCCAUCACCCUGCCCCAUUCUCCCGCUUUCCAUCACCUCGUCCCAUUCUCCCGCUUUCCAUCACCCUGCCCCUUUCUUCCGCUUUCCAUCACCUCGCCCUAUUCUCCCGAUUUCCAUCACCCCGCCCCAUUCUCCCUCUUUCAAUCACCCCGCCCCAUUCUCCUGAUUUCCAUCACCCCGCCCCAUUCUCCUGCUUUCCAUCACCCCGCCCAAUUUUCCCGCUUUCCAUCACCCCGCCCCAUUCUCCCGCUUUCCAUCACCCCGCCCCAUUCUCCCACUUUCCAUCACCCCGCCCCAUUCUCCCUCCUUCCAUCACCCCGCCCCAUUCUCCCGCUUUCCAUCACCCCGCCCCAUUCUCCGACUUUCCUUCACCCCGCCCCAUUCUCCCGCUUUCCUUCACCCCGCCCAAUUCUCUCACUUUCCAUCACCCCGCAUCAUUCUCCCGCUUGCCGUCACCCCGCCCCAUUUCUCCCGCUUUCCAUCACCCCACCCCAUUCUCCUGCUUUCCAUCAACCGCCCCAUUCUCCCGCUUUCCAUAACCCCGCCCCAUUCCCCCGCUUUCCAUCACCCCGCCCCAUUCUCCUUGUUUCCAUCACCCCACCCCAUUCUCCCGCUUUCCAUCACCCCGCCCCAUUCUCCCUCCAUCCAUCACCCCUCCCCAUUCUCCCGCUUUCCAUCACCCCACCCCAUUCUCCCGCUUUCGAUCACCCCGCCCCAUUCUCCCUCCUUCCAUCACCCCGCCCCAUUCUCCCUCCUUCCAUCACCCCUCCCCAUUCUCUCGCUUUCCAACACCUCGCCCAAUUCUCCCGCUUUCAAUCACCCCGCCCAAUUCUCCCUCUUUCCAUCACCCCGCCCCAUUCUUCCGCUUUCCAUCACCUCGCCCCGUUCUCCCGAUAUUCCAUCAGCCCGCCCCAUUCGUCCGCUUUCCUUCAACCUGCCCCAUUCUCCCGAUUUACAUCACCCUGCCCAAUUCUCCCGCUUUCCAUCACCCCGCCGAUUCUCCCGAUUUCCAUCACCCCGCCCCAUUCUCCCUCUUUCCAUCACCUUGCCCCAUUCUACCGCUUUCCAUCACCCUGCCCCAUUCUCCCUCCUUCCAUCACCCCGCCCCAUUCUCCCUCCUUCCAUCACCCUGCCCCAUUCUCCCGAUUUCCAUCACCCUGCCCCAUUCUCUCUCCUUCUAUCACCCCGCCCCAUUCUCCCCCCUUCCAUCACUGCUCCCCAUUCUCCCGCUUUCCAUCACCCCGCCCCAUUCUCCCGCUUUCCAUCACCCCGCCCCAUUCUUCCGCUUUCCAUCACCUUGCCCCAUUCUCCAGCUUUCCAUCACCCUGCCCCGUUCCCCAGCUCACCACACCGCCCCGUUCUCCCGCUUUCCAUCACCCCGCCCCAUUCUCCCUCCUUCCAUCAUCCCGCCCCAUUCUCCCUCCUUCCAUCACUCCGUCCCAUUCUCCUGCUUUCCAUCACCCCGCCCCAUUCUCCCGCUUUCUAUCACCCCGCCCCAUUCUCCCGCUUUCCGUCACCCCGCCCCAUUCUCCCUCCUUCCAUCACCCCGCCCCAUUCUCCCGCUUUCCAUCACCCCGCCACAUUCUCCCGCUUUCCACCACCCAACCCCAUUCUCCCGCUUUCCAUCACCCCGCCCCAUUCUCCCACUUUCCAUCACCCCGCCCCAUUCUCCCUCCUUCCAUCAGCCCGCCCCAUUCUACUUCCUUCCAUCAGCCCGCCCCGUUCUCCCUCCUUCCAUCACCCCGCCCUAUUCUCCCUCCUUCCAUCACCCCGCCCCAUUCUCCCGCUUUCCAUCAACCCGCCCUAUUCUCGAGCUUUCCAUCACCCAGCCCCAUUCCCCCGCUUUCCAUCACCCCGCCCCAUUCUCCCGCUUUUUAUCACCGGCCCCAUUCUCCCGCUUUUCAUCACCCUGCCCUGUUCCCCCGCUCACCGACCGCCGCUUCUCCCGCUUUCCAUCACCCGCCCCAUUCUCCCGCUUUCCAUCACCCUGCCCCGUUCCCUAGCUCACCACAUCGCCCCGUUCUCCCUCCUUCCAUCACCCCGCCCCAUUCUCCCUCCUUCCAUCAUCCUACCCCAUUCUCCCUCCUUCCAUCACUCCUCUAUUCUCCCGCUUUCCAUCACCCCGCACCAUUCUCCUGCUUUCCAUCACCCCGCACCAUUCUCCCGCUUUCCAUCACUCCACCCCAUUCUCCCGCUUUCCAUCACCCCACCCCAUUCUCCCGCUUUCCAUCACCCCACCCGAUUCUCCCUCUUUCCAUCACCCUGCCCCGUUCUCCCGCUUUCCAUCACCCUGCCCCAUUCUCCCUCCUUCCAUCACCCCGCCCUAUUCUCCGUCCUUACAUCACCCCGCCCCAUUCUCCGCUUUCCAUCACCCUGCCCCAUUCUCCCGCUUUCCAUCAUCCCGCCCUAUUCUCCCUCUUUCCAACACCUCGCCCCAUUCCCCCGCUUUCCAUCACCCCGCCCCAUUCUCCCGCUUUUCAUCACCCAGCCCCAUUCUCCCGCAUUCCAUCACCCCGCCCAAUUCUCCCGCUUUCCUUCACCCCGCAACAAUCUUCCACUUUCCAUCCCCCCGCCCCAUUCUCCCGCUUUCCAUCACCCCGCCCCAUUCUCCCAAUUUCCAUCACCCCGCCCCAUUCUCCCGCUUUCCAUCACCCCGCCCCAUUCUCCCGAUUUCCAUCACCACGCCCCAUUCUCCCGAUUUCCAUCUCCCCGCUCCAUUCUCCCGCUUUCCAUCACCCGCCCCAUUCUCCCGCUUUCCAUCACCCCAUCACCCCGCCCCAUUCUCCUGCUUUCUAUCACUCCGCCCCGUUCUCCCGCUUUCCAUCACCCGCCCCAUUCUCCCGGUUUCCAUCACCCUGCCCCGUUCCCCCGCUCACCACACCGCCCGGUUCUCCCGCUUUCCAUCACCUCGCCCCAUUCUCCCUCCUUCCAUCGUCCCGCCCCAUUCUCCCUCCUUCCAUCACCCCGCCCCAUUCUCCUGCUUUCCAUCACCCCACUCCAUUCUCCCGCUUUCCAUCACCCUGCCCCAUUCUCCCACUUUCCUUCACCCCGCCCCAUUCUCCCAAUUUCCAUCACCCCGCCCCAUUCUCCCGCUUUCCAUCACCCCGCCCCAUUCUCCCAAUUUCCAUCACCCCGCCCCAUUCUCCCGCUUUCCAUCACUCCGCCCCAUUCUCCCGAUAUCUAUCACCACGCCCCAUUCUCCCGAUUUCCAUCUCCGCGCUCCAUUCUCCCACAUUCCAUCACCCUGCCCCAUUCUCCCGCUUUCCAUCACCCCGUCCUAUUCUCCCGCUUUCCAUCACCCUGUCCUAUUCUCCCGCUUUUUAUCACCCCGCCCCAUUCUCCCGCUUUCCAUCACCCCGCCCCAUUCUCCCGAUUUCCAUCACCCCGCCUCAUUCUCCUAAUUUCCAUCACCCCGCCCCAUUCUCCCGCUUUCCAUCACACCGCCCCAUUCUCCCGAUUUCCAUCACCCUUCCCCAUUUCCCGCUUUCCAUCACCCCGCUCCAUUCUCCGGCUUUCCAUCACCCCGGCCCAUUCUCCCGAUUUCCAUCACCACGCCCCAUUCUCUCGAUUUCCAUCACCCCGCCCCAUUCUCCUGCUUUCCAUCACCCCGCCACAUUCUCCUGCUUUCUAUCAACCCCGCCCCAUUCUUCCGCUUUCCAUCACCCCGCCCCAUUCUCCCGCUUUCCAUCUCUCCACCCCAUUCUCCCGCUUUCCAUCACCCCACCCCGUUCUCCCGCUUUCCAUCACCCCGCCCCAUUCUCCCUCUUUCCAUCACCCUGCCCUGUUCUCCCGCUUUCCAUUACCCUGCCCCAUUCUCCCUCCUUUCAUCACCCCGCCCUAUUCUCCCUCCUUACAUCACCCCGCCGCAUUCUCCUGCUUUCUAUCACUCUGCCCCAUUCUCCCGCUUUCCAUCACCCGCCCCAUUCUCCCGCUUUCCAUCACCCUGCCCCGUUCCCCCUCUCACAACACCGCCCCGUUCUCCCGCUUUCCAUCACCUUGCCCCAUUCUCCCUCCUUCCAUGGUCCCGCCCCAUUCUCCCUCCUUCCAUCACGCUGCCCCUUUCUCCUGCUUUCCAUCACCCCACCCCAGUCUCCCGUUUUCCAUCACCCCACUCCAUUCUCCCGCUUUCCAUCACCCCGCCCAAAUCUCCUGCUUUCCAUCACCCCACCCCAGUCUCCCGUUUUCCAUCACCCCACUCCAUUCUCCCGCUUUCCAUCACCCGCCCCAUUCUUCCGCUUUCCAUCAUCCCGCCCCGUUCCCCCGCUUUCCAUCAUACUGCAUCAUUCUCCCGCUUUCCAUCACCCCACCCCAUUCUCCCUCCUUCCAUCACCCCGCCCCGUUCUCUCUCCUUCCAACACCCCUCCCCAUUCUCCCGCUUUCCAUCACCCCGCCCCAUUCUCCCGUUUUCCAUCACCCCGCCCCAUUCUCCCGCUUUCUAUCACCCCGCCCCAUUCUUCCGCUUUCCAUCACCCCGCCCCAUUCUCUCGCUUUUCAUCACCUAUCCCCAUUCUCCCCCUUUCCAUCACCCCGCCCCAUUCUCCGCUUUCCAUCACCCCGCCCCAUUCUCCCGCUUUCCAUCACCCCGCCCCAUUCUUCCUCCUUCCAUCACCCCGCCAAAUUCUCCCUCCUUUUAUCCCCCCGCCCUAUUCUCCCGCUUUUCAUCAACCAGCCCCAUUCUCCCGCUUUCCAUCACCCCGCCCCAUUCUCCCGCUUUCCAUCACCCCGCCCCAUUCUCCCGCUUUCUAUCACCCUGCCCCAUUCUUCCGCUUUCCAUCACCCCGCCCCAUUCUCCCGCUUUCCAUCAACCCGCCCCAUUCUCCUUCUUUCCAUCACCCUACCCCAUUCUCCCUCCUUCGAUCACCCCAGCCAAUUUUCCCGCUUUCCAUCACCCUGCCCCAUUCUCCCGCUUUCCUUCACCCCGCCCCAUUCUCCCGCUUUCCAUCACCCCGCCCCAUUCUCCCGCUUUCCAUCACCUCGCCCGAUUCUCCCGCUUUCCAUCACCCCGCCCCAUUCUCUCGUUUCCCAUUAUCCCGCCCCAUUCUCCCUCUUUCCAUCACCAAGCCCCAUUCUCCCGCUUUCCAUCACCCCGCCCCAUUCUCCCUCUUUGCGUCACCCCUUCCAUUCUCCUCGUUCCAUCACCCCGCCCUAUGCUCUCGCUUUAUAUCACCCUGUCCGAUUCUCCCACUUUCCAUCACCCCGCCCCAUUAUCCCACCUUACAUCACCCCGCCCCAUUCUCCCGCUUUCCAUCACCCCGCCCCAUUCUCCCUCCUUCCAUCACCCCAGCACGUUCUCCCUACUCCCAUCACCCCUCCCCAUUCUCCCGCUUUCCAUCAACCCGCCCCAUUCUCCCGCUUUCCAUCACCCAACCCUAUUCUCCUGCUUUCCAUCAUCCCGCCCCAUUCUCCCGCUUUCCAUCAACCAGCCCCAUUCUCCCGCUUUUCAUCACCCAGCCCCAUUCUUCCGCUUUCCAUCACCCCGCCCCAUUCUCCAGCUUUCCAUCACCCCGCCCCAUAGUCCUGAUUUCCAUCUCCCCACCCCAUUCUCCCGCUUUCCAUCACCCCGCCCCAUUCUCCAGCUUUCCAUCACCCCGCCCCAUAGUCCUGAUUUCCAUCUCCCCACCCCAUUCUCCCGCUUUCCAUCACCCCGCCCCAUUCUCCCGCUUUCCAUCACCCCGCCCCAUUCUCCUGAUUUCCAUCAACCAGCCCCAUUCUCCCGCUUUUCAUCACCCAGCCCCAUUCUCCCGCUUUCCAUCACCCCGCCCCAUUCUCCCGCUUUCCAUCACCCCGCCCCAUUCUCCCGCUUUUCAUCACCCUGCCCCAUUCUCGCGCUUUCCAUCACACUGCCCCAUUCUCCCUCCUUCCAUCACCCAGCCCCAUUCUCCCUCCUUCCAUCACCCCGACCAAUUCUCCCACUUUCCGUCAACCCGCCCUAUUCUCCUGCUUUCCAUGACUUCGCCCUAUGAACACUCUUUCACCAGGCACGCUCCUGGACAAGCAAGUUCACGAACCAUGCAUGUUUACAGACCACGCAAGCUCCUAGACCAGGCAGGCUCCUAG